UUUUGCGAUAAUUUCUGUCCAGUUUGUGUGUGACGUUCAUUUCCCAGGGCUUCGGCCGCCAUCCCCUCAUUGGAAAUAAGAUUUGCAUAUUUCGGUGCCGCGGAGUUGGAAUAUAGCCCGAGUUGUGAUGGCCAAAUUUUUGCUAAUUCCCCGCCCAUCGUUUGAUUAUUGUUGCUAGGCAUCCCUUGCCUUUGAUGGGCAAAGUCCGCGAUAAUCUUCUCAAGCGAAUUAUAUAUGACUCAGUUGAACCCCAACUGCCAGACGGAACGUGAGAAGUUAACUCUUUACAUCUGGGCGCGGUACCACUUUAAAGCAAAUCAAUUUUCACCUUUUUUGGUACAUAUAAGCUAAAGACAUAAUAACUACAGCAUUUCAAAAUGACUUCAAAAUCCACUACAAUCAAAAUAAAAGAAGAACCCGGAAACGACCUUCAGUCCUACUUGGAAUCGUUUAACAACGAAAUUUCAGAAGGUAACGUCAGCGGCCAGGUUAUACAAUACCUCAAUGAAGGUGAAACCGAUGUGGUGAAUAUAAAACAACAAGAGGAUCCAGAUGCAGAAGAAGAGGAGGAGGAAGGUGGUACAUAUUUCAUCGAUCAAGCUGGAAACUAUUACUACCAAGCUACUAAGGAUUCCGAUCCAGUCCUCACUUCACCACCUGAGGAAUUAUCAAAUUACGAGAUCUGUGAUGAUGAAGAGCAAGUUGUGCAUAUUGUAAAGAAACAGGAAGUGAAGCAGCCUGCUCGAGGGAAAACUGAAGAAACUGGAGAAGGUGACGAUGAAAAAACGGAUGAGGUUCGGUAUGUAGUAUUGAUGGAUGACCAGGACGGCGAUGGGAAAGAUUCAAAGAGUAUAAAGAUAGCUACGGAAGGAGAUAAAGACGAAGUGUUUGAAUUUGAUGAGAACGAUGAGGAGGGAUUAGCAAAGGAUUCAACGCAAAAUCCUUCAAAGUUAAUGAAGAUCAUAAAACAGCAAUAUUCACAAGUCCAUAUGUGCAAUUUUUGUAGCUACACUAGUCCGAAACGUUACCUCCUUGCGAGACAUAUGAAGUGUCACUCGGAAGAACGUCCUCACAAAUGUACAGUUUGCGAAAGAGGUUUUAAGACAAUAGCCUCGCUCCAUAACCAUGUAAAUACUCACACGGGUACCAAGCCUUACCAUUGUAAAUUCUGCGAAGGCUGUUUCACUACCUCUGGAGAACUCGUACGGCACAUACGGUAUAGGCACACCCACGAAAAGCCUCAUAAAUGCACGGAAUGUGAUUAUGCCAGCGUCGAGUUGAGCAAGUUGAAGCGUCACAUUCGAUGCCAUACCGGUGAGCGUCCUUACCAAUGUCCACACUGCACAUACGCAUCGCCAGAUACCUUCAAGUUGAAGCGACAUCUGCGGAUUCAUACAGGGGAGAAACCUUAUGAAUGUGAUAUUUGCCAUGCGCGUUUUACGCAAUCGAAUUCCUUGAAAGCUCAUAAACUGAUCCACAGCGUUGGCGAUAAACCCGUUUUCCAAUGUGAAUUGUGUCCUACAACGUGUGGACGGAAAACUGACCUGAGAAUCCACGUACAAAAACUGCACACAUCUGACAAACCUCUGAAAUGCAAAAGAUGUGAUAAAAUGUUUCCAGAUCGCUACACCUACAAGGUGCACGCUAAGACCCAUGAGGGGGAGAAAUGUUACAAAUGUGAUAUUUGCCCAUACGCUUCGAUUUCCGCACGGCAUUUAGAAUCCCAUCUGCUCAUCCACACCGACCAAAAACCCUUCGAAUGUCCUCAGUGUGAUCAAGCAUUCCGGCAGAAGCAACUGCUUAAACGACACAUUAAUCUGUAUCACGACAAAUCCUACACACCACCGCAACCGCGAGAAAAGACCCAUCUUUGUCCACACUGCGAUCGGAAAUUCCGUCACAAAGGCAAUCUUAUCCGCCACAUGGCAUUGCACGAUCCUGAGUCGGGAAUUAUUGAGGAAUCGUAUGCCUUGAGGGUUGGUCGUCAGAGACGCGUUCAAUAUAUUGACGGACAAGAAGUGGAAAUUGUAACUGGAAAUGAGGACGAAGAUGAUGAGGGCAUGGACGAAGGGGAGGUGGACGAGGAAGAGGAAGGGGAAGAAAACACAAUUAUUACAACGGAAACUGAAGAAAUCCAUAUCAAACAAGAAGCUGAUCAGCAAAAUUUGCUGGCGGUUAAAGGUUCGGAUGGACAUCAGUACGUGGUUCUAGAAGUCAUUCAAAUGGAUGGCGAUGGACCCAGUCGUACAGAAAACAUGCAGAUUGAGGAAGAGGAGUACAUGCUUCCAGCUGAAAUAACAGAAGACAACGUUCCUAGUAUGAAGACGAGGAAUCUACGAGUGGAGCCACAAAAGCUUCUUUCAGCUGAUAAAAAUGUGGCAACAUGCUUCGGAUUUGAUGAUGCGGACGAAAAUAUGGAAACUGAAACUAUUGGAGUAACCGAGCUCGACUACAAUAAACAAACAAUUAAGCUGGAGAUAAAACAAUAGAUUCACAUCGUUGAAGUAGUGAUCUAACCUUGUGAUUUCAUGAUUUGGAUGUGCUGAACACACACAUGAACAGUGUAUGAUAUUGCUUAGCAUAUCACUUGGAAUCGAGACAAAGUCUAUCCGUAGGAGAAUUCGAUACCUUUUUAUAUGAACAGGUUGUAAGUUAAUCUUCAUAUGAAAAUUUGUUUAGAUAUAGUUGUUCAUUUGAGAGAUACUAUUUUUUUAAAGUUACAAUUUCUACUAAUCAGCUUCAAUAGAAGUAGUUUUAACGUAAUCAAUCAUUUUAAUGUGAGUUAUAUUUCCCGUUUAUUAUUCAUAAUAAAAUACAUUAGUGAA